AUGUCAUCUACAGACAAUAGUUUCAAAGUCAAAAGCUUAUUCGAUAUCAACAUACCAGAGGAACUAUUGCCUAUUGUUCAGACUGAAGAUAUGCUGUGGAAUUUGAAUCAAGAAAACAUUAUAAGUGUUGCUAACAAACUUACAUCUGUACUUACCAAAAAUGUAUCUCCCGAGUUUAUCCUUUAUACGCUAAAUACAAUUUGUGUCUUAUGUCACAAAAAAGUUAAAAUUUCCGUUAAUCUUCUCAGAUCUUUGAAGUGUUACAGGAAAUCAAAAACAUCAAUUUACAACGAAUUUGCUAUAGAAUACAACAAAUCUACUCCUCAUCGCUCCAAAGAUAAAUUGAAUAUCGAAAAAGAACUCAAGAGAGGUCCAAAUCCAAUUUACAAAGUGAUAUAUGAUGAUGAUUUAGACAAAUUCAAAGAAAUGAUGAAUUCUUCUAAAAUUUCUAUUGGUCACCGCAAAGAUCCAAUACUUGGUACAUUUAAUCUCAUUGAGCUUGCAGCAAGCUGCGGCUCUGUCAAUAUAUUUUGCUUUUUAUUGAAGAAUAAUGCUGAGAUAGAUAAAAAGACAUUGUACCACGCUUAUCAAGGAGGAAAUCCAGAAAUAAUUGGUUACUGUCAUGAGAUAUUCGGCGUUGACGAGGAUUGUUUAUACAAUGCAAUCAAGUACCAUAACAACGAGAUUGCUGAUAAUUUAAUAAAACGCGGAAUUUACGGAAAAAAUAUUACAAUUGCGGAAUGCCUUGUAAAUUCAAACAUAAGAGCAGCAUUAUUCUUAAUAGAAAAUGGUUUCGAUAUAAACUUAACAACGCAAAGAAAGAUUCAUAGCGUUCAAGUUUUUAAUCCUCUUGGUUUGGCAUGUGAAAUGAAUUGUUAUCCAUUAUUCCAACAUUUAAUAUCUAAUGGAUGCAAAUAUGAUUAUGUGCCAGAAGAUUCUGAAAAUUAUUCACUUCCUUUCUUAAUUGCAUGUUCAUGUAACGCUAUUGAGAUUGUUCAGUACUUAAUUGAGAUCGGCGUUGAUCCUAAUAUUGAACAUAAUAAUGUGACACCACUAAUGGCCUCUAUUCACUCAGAAAAUAAGGAUUGUCUGAAUUAUUUACUUUCCAAAGGAGCAGAUAUCAAUAAAGUGCUCAAGAAUUCAGGAACAGCAUUGACUUAUGCAAUAGAAAACGAUAAUGAAAAAGCAGUUAUUAAUUUUUUGUCUAAUGGAGCUAAUUUCUUUUACAAAGUUCCUGUAUACCAAUUUAAUGAGCAUGAAUUACAUGAUGUAACACCACUCGACAUUGCCGCGCUCUGCGGAAAUUCUAAUUUGCUCUUUGAUAUGUGUUCAGCAAUAAAAUCAAAAAUUUUGCCGCCAAAUCCGAUGGAUAGGUUCUAUUCUUUAUUGAAUAAGAGAGUAAUUACAAAGUUGCAAAGAAUUGUUUCCUUGAAUUUCCAAUUUAGUAAUGAUAAUUCAGGUAUUCCGUCUGAACAGGUCGUUUCACAUACUUCAAAGAAAUCACCACUAAGAAAAGCUAAAUUGGUCACUAUUCCAGUUCGGACAAAUUCAAAAGAAGGUGAAAAAGAAUCAGUUAACAAUUCUGAUGCAAAAUCAUCUAAUGAUACUUCUAAAUCCUCUUCAUCUUCUUCUUCUUCGUCUUCAUCAUCAUCUUCAUCCUCGUCAUCUUCUGACUCUUCAGAUUCUGAUGAUGAUUACGAAUGA